AUCACUCAUUUUUUUAUUGUGAGUUCACAAAAAUGUAUUCGACAAAUUGGGAAGACGACGACGACGAUUUUACAGAGGAGCAGCUUCUCGCUAUCGACGCCAUCGAAGCUUCCUAUAAACUCUCCAACUCUUCUUCUUCUUCCUCCGCUACUCCCACCGUACAGGCUACAACCUCCGGCCAUGGCCACGAUGUUCCACAUCAAAUCCCUAAUAAUAGUGUCCGUCGCCAAUUGCCUCGCUCCAUCACUUCUCCCACUUCUUACAAACGAUUUCCCCUCUCUCGUUGCCGAGGAAGGAAUUUUCCAGCUAUGAGGUUUGGUGGUAGGAUUUUGUAUAGUAAGACUGCUAAUGAGGUUGAUAGGCGAGCAAUGCAGCUUCUUAAGGUUCUUGAUACUAAGAGAGAUGAAUCUGGAAGAGCUAUUGUUGGGUUAGAUAUUGAAUGGAGACCAAGUUUUAGAAAAGGUGUUCUCCCGGGGAAGGUUGCAACUGUCCAGAUAUGUGUAGAUAAUAAUUAUUGUGAUGUUAUGCAUAUUGUACAUUCUGGUAUCCCACCAAGGCUCCAACAUCUUAUUGAGGAUUCAACACUUGUAAAGGUAGGUAUUGGAAUUGACGGUGACUCUGUAAAGCUUUUCCAUGACUAUGGAGUGUCCAUCAAAGAUGUUGAGGAUCUUUCAGAUUUAGCCAACCGAAAAAUUGGUGGAGUAACAAAAAGAUGGGGACUUGCCUCACUAACAGAGACACUUGUUUGUAAAGAGCUCCUGAAGCCAAACAAAAUCAGGCUGGGGAACUGGGAGGUAUAUCCUCUAUCAAAGCAGCAGUUACAAUACGCAGCAACAGAUGCUUAUGUUUCAUGGCAUCUUUACCAGGUUCUAAAGGACCUUCCUGAUGCUGUCGAUGGAUCAUGACGCGAAGGAGGAUGCUUAAAGAUUUGCCUAUAACCCCAAGAUGAUAUAUUUGAUCUAGUCAAGUCUAUACAAUUCUUAUAGGAUUUGCAAAGGAUAUUUGGUUUAUGGUUGAUAUAAGUUAUAAUACUACUUAUUGGAUAUGGCCCUGGUACAGUUAACAAUCCAAAUACGAAUGGUAAGCUCUUCUUAGAUCGAUGUACCGUCUCUUGGGUACUCUUGUCACGAUCUGAAGCCAAAAAAUAAGCUUUUCUAAUC